CCAGUACCUCUGUAGCUGCAGGGAGCGACAGGGGGAAGAACCUGGAGAGAGCUACCGAGAAUGAAGAGUCCUUGGUCCCCAUGAUGCCAAGCAACUUCAUUGAUGCAAAGGGAGGGACUGACCUGAUCAUCAAUAGCUAUGGUCCUAUCAUUAAAAACAACACUAAGAAAAAGUGGCUUUUCUUCCAAGACACUAAGAAGGUGAAAGCCGAACAGACACAAAGAAGGUUUACUACCCAGGCCGUCUGUUUUUACCAGCCAGGCACCACAGUGUUGAUCAGCGAUGAAGACUCCCCCACCUCCCCAGGCCAGACCACCAGUUUCCCAAGACCCUUUGGGGCUGCCCUCGACACUGAGCAUUCAGCCAACAGUGAAGGCAGCCAUGAGACAGGGGAUUCUGGACGGUUUUCCCACGAGUCCAAUGAUGAGAUACACUUGUCCUCAGUCAUCAGCAGCACACCCCGCACCUCAGAUUCCCUGGCUGGCGGCGAUUCUGAUGGCGCUGGUACAGUGGAGAAACAUGGAGACCCUGCAGAGCCCUUGCCGGCUGAGCAGACCUCCUCCCCAGCCGCACAGCCACCGUCUGCAGGGCUGCGCUUUGCUGCUGAUGGGUUUCCCAUCUAGACAGCCAUGCUCAGGGAUUUACAACAAGCAUCUGUUCGAAGGACAAUGAACAGGGAGCCAAAAAGCCUUUUUGUGAAAAUCUUGAUGUCUUACUGGUUUUUUGAUCUUUUUUUUUUUUUUUUUAAUUUUUAUAAUUAUUUUUAAGCGCACGAAUUUUGAAUGUUUCAAUUGUCAACAAUGUGAAAAAGGGCAGUCAGGACGCUUGACUGGGUUCUAUGAUAUAUCACUGGAGCGGAGGGAAGACUGCCCGAGCCCUCUGCUGAAUAGCUACCUCAGUUUGCUGUUGGCGGACUCUGAAGAAGUGUGUUGCCUCCUUUCCGUGCUGGUUUCUCUCAGCAGCAUAGCCAGCGGGACUUUCUAGUGACGCCGUGUGUCCAUUAUGUGUGUGAUGUAUGUAACUGAGGAGUCCGAUGGGUAGAUGAGGAAGAACGUUGAUCUGAAGCUCUGUGUUUUUUUUUUUUUUUUUUU